AUGCAAGUAAGUGUUGUUGAUCAAAUUAUUGAACCAUUCCAAUUAAUUACUGAACACAAGCAAAACCAAUUUAUCAACAACAAAAAUCUAACCUUCAAAAGAGUUACUGUUUUAUCCACUCAAAAUAAAACUGAUAAGUUACAACUUCCAAAAGAAGAAUAUUAUAAGCCAAAACAACAAAAUAUUAAACUACAACAAAUGACUGAAGAAUCAGUUAGUAAAAUCAAUAAACUGUUCUAUAUUCAAAAGAUUAAUAGAGUCAAAGAAUGGAUAUUAUCUAAACACCCCUCAGCCUUGUAUCCAGAACCAUAUUUAUUACAAUAA